GUCACUGUUGUGUUGUUAAAAUUGUGUUAACUAAAUAGAGUCUAGAUCUAGAUCUUUAUUGAAAAUCUCGUUAGAAAAUUAUUGAAGGCCUUAUAGACUAGAUCUAAAUCUAAUAGUCAAUCUUUACUUAAGAUCCCGUAUAAGAAUGUCAAGAGAGAAGAGAAUGGAUGGAAAUUUUCAAAAACGUAUACAGAGGCAUUUGUAUUAUAGCAGUAUGUCAGACUUAGAAAAGCCUUCCUUUCCACUUACUGAACUUGCUGUUGAUUAUUUUCAUGACAGUGUACCUGAUAAACUUGGUCAUGUUGAUAUGUAUACUGCUGCUGAUGUCAUAAGAAAAAGUAAAGUAUCUACUGCCUCUGUGGUGCUGUCCAUGAUGUAUGCCAAAAGACUUAGACAAACUAACCAGGAUUAUUUGAGCUCCAUCUCUUCUUCAGACAUCUUCUUCAUUUCAGUGAUGAUGGCCAGUAAAUAUUUGUAUGACGAAGGUGUAGAAGAAGAGGUAUUCAAUGAUGAAUGGGCAGAUAACAUUGAUCAGGAUGUCGAUAUUGUGAAUCAAAUGGAAAUGACCUUUCUCAACGCUAUUGACUGGCGCCUGUUUGUAAGUCCUAAUGAUUUCGACAAUGCACUGGCUGCAAUUGAAAGAAGGUUGGCUCUGAGGGAGGGACUCAAGAGGAACUGGUUUACUUACUCUGAAUUAGAUGUGCUACUGACAUCAGACUUGAUGACCUCAUUAUGGCAACAGACGGCUCUUGAGUGUACCAAGGUGGUUAGUACCCUCUCGGCUGUCUACCUGACUGGUAUCUUCACUCUCUUAGGAUCAACUGCACUGGCUGUACAGGUUUCAGGUCCCCUAUCUGCUGCCACUCUUGCAAUGUUUUCGCUUUCUGUUCAGCCACUGCCAGUAUCCCAUGUUUUGACCAGUUUUGAUCCAUUGCAACCUUCUAAAGCACUACAGGAAUCCAUCAUUGGAUUUAAUAAUGUUGCUGGACAAAAAAUGAAUAGCAUUGUGGAUUUUGAUGCCUUAGGGAAACAUGAUGACACCCAUGGUUUAAAAGAACCCCCAACAGUUGAUCCCAAGCCAUUUCCAGAAGAUGAAUCUCACUCAAAGUCCGCAUCAAAGCAGUCUUCUUUUAUCUGGUCACUCUGGGUUGUUGAUUCCCUAUUAACUCAGUUGCUGGCUGUAACAAAGUGCAAGUCAGAAAGUUCCAAGAAGUCUUUCAGCACCACACUCGGAGAAGAGAAGUUUUCUGCUAAUGAGUUAAACAACUCUGCUCCUGGCACUGAACCCAGCCACCACCUGAGAUACUUAAAAUUCAAAUGUCGACACAGAUGCUCACGUAGAAAAUUUAAGUCUUCAGUGUCUGUCACAUCUCAACCAAUGAAUUCUGCUUUGCCAAACUGCCUGACCACAUGCUUUGACCAGUCUUUCAAAACCAACUCACAAAACAAAGAUCAUUGUAUUGACCAGGUAUCCAAUAGCAAUAGUAACAACAGAUUUGAAAUGACCACUCAGCCCUUACAGCAAUUAACCCGUAGUUUUGACCGUGCUCCUGAAACAAAACAAAGUGAACAUGUCAACUGUUAUGACAACUCUAAGUCUUUGACAGAUUCAAUGACUUCUUCUUGGUUUCAUCCAUCUGAUUCGAAUGUUGACUUCUUGACCCACACCUUUAGCUUUCCACCAGGAUUGAAUCAUGGAAUCAAAGUUACAUGACUUCAGGAACUUAUGUAACAGUGGCAUGUUGAUCCUUGCUUACCCAGAGAUUAGCUUAACCCUAACAGUCUUUUACCCCAAAUUAUUAAACAAAAAUAUAUUUAAUUGUUGUUCUUUAACUAAACUAUUGCUGUCCAAUCACAAAUAGUUAUUGUGAGACAUAGUCAUAUCAAAGGAAAUUUCAAGAAGCUAGCUCACUGCUAAGUAGUACCCACCCUUCUUUUUUUAGUAUCAGCCAAAUUGAAGCUUCUGUGGUCCUUAAAAAAUUUUUUCUUGCAAAAUUGUCUAAAAAACAUCAAACAAAGGUUUUCAAGGAUUUCUACCGCCUGACCACUUGUAAUAAAAAAUCUUACUCUUGUAAAACUAAUUUUUGAAAUCCAGGUAUAAAAUAUAAACAUAUAUAGGAUAUAAAUAUAUAUAAAGAGAGAGAGAUGUUUUAAAAGUAUAAAAGUGUAUUUUCACUGACUUUGACUUGCUAUGUCACACUCUUGUUCAUGACCAUCAACCCCCAUUUUUGUGGAUUAUAAAAAAAAAAUAUGGUGUUCUGUUUUUCUAUUUACAUAAUGUGUAUUUCCAUUCUAGUAUAACAUCUGGCAGUAUUUUCUGUAGAAAAUAAAGAAGAAAAAGAAGACAUAUACAAUAAAUAUUGCAUAAUAAAUCUUACUAACGUAGAAAAAUCUUGAACAUUUUUUGUCACAUUAAAUCUGAAUCAGAGUGUAAUUUCAAUAGGGGUGGGUCAUUUCUGAAUGCUGACAUAGAAAGUUAAGUCUGAAAUCUACCUAUAUAUAUACAUAUUAUUAUAUUUUGUAUAUUCAAGACAAUCAUGUUUGGCGUCAUCCUCCUCAGUGGUUUCUAUUUACUUGGUGCUGUAACAUUGUAAUGCUUAUUAUUAUUAUGGCUUUUUAUAUAGCACUACUUUCAUACUUAUAGCAUGCUCAAAGCGCUAUGGUCCUAUCUCAUUUGUGUGGGGGGGAGGGGGAAUCUGGGAGUAGGUUUUCCGUGCUGCCUUUAAGUGCUCAGUAAACACAACUCUGCCCAGUCGGGUGUCGAACCUCGAUCCCCUUCCUAGGUAGCUAAGCCAAGUUCAAGCCUCUAACUAUUAUUACCAAUAAAGUAUUAAGUAUUAACAAAAAGAAAGAUUAUUGAAAUAGUUUUUGAAUAUUGAUUAUUUUUGCUGUUCCUUUUUGAUAGCUGCUAAUGUCCCUUUGUUCUGGAUAUCCCAAACCGCCUGUAGUUGAUCAUUCUUUGUCACUAAUAUAUUACUAACCCCAAAAUACAGUGCCGAUUUUUUGUUUAUAAUAUGAACUCAUAUAAUGAAUAAAUAAAAUAGUUUUGCUGUU